AUGGCCUCCCGGAGCCUGCGGGGCCUGGGCGGGAACCGCGGCGGGGGCGGCGGCGGCGGUAGGAAGAGCCUGAGCGCCCGCAACGCCGCGGUGGAGAGGAGGAACCUGAUCACGGUGUGCAGGUUUUCUGUGAAGACCCUGAUUGAUCGGUCCUGCUUUGAGACAAUUGAUGAUUCUUCUCCUGAAUUUAACAAUUUUGCCGCUAUUUUGGAACAGAUUCUAAGUCACCGGCUGAAAGAGAUUUCCCAAAGUUGCCGAUGGCUGGCUCAUCUCCAAAUACCUCUUCAAGGUCAAGUAACCUGGUUUGGUUAUGAAAGUCCUCGUAGCUUCUGGGACUAUAUCAAAGUGGCUUGCCGGAAAGUUUCACAGAACUGUAUCUGCAGCAUUGAAAAUAUGGAAAAUGUCAGUUCCUCUAGAGCUAAGGGUAGAGCCUGGAUCAGAGUAGCACUCAUGGAAAAACAUUUAUCUGAAUACAUCUCUACAGCUCUGAGAGACUUCAAAACAACCAGGAGAUUUUAUGAAGAUGGAGCAAUUGUCUUGGGUGAGGAAGCAAAUAUGCUUGCUGGCAUGCUGCUUGGACUCAAUGCUAUUGAUUUCAGCUUCUGCCUGAAGGGAGAAGGAUUAGAUGGCAACUUUCCUGCUGUAAUAGACUAUACACCAUAUUUGAAGUUUACCCAAAGUUCUGAUAGUAUCAGUAGUGAUGAGGAAGAGCUGAGGACUUUGGGAAGCAGUGGUAGUGAAAGCAGCACUCCAGAGAACGUCGGGCCUCCUUUCAUCAUGGAUGAGAAUAGCUGGUUCAACAAGUGUAAGAGAGUCAAACAAAAGUAUCAACUAACCCUGGAACAGAAGGGUUAUCUUGAAGAACUCUUACGACUUCGAGAGAACCAGCUGUCUGAAUCUGUCGCUCAGAAUAAAAUACUACUACAAAGGAUUGAAGAUUCUGAUCUGGCUCAUAAAUUGGAGAAGGAACAAUUAGAAUAUAUAAUUGUGGAGCUUCAAGAUCAGCUGACUGUGCUAAAGAAUAAUGAUUUAAGAUCAAGACAAGAGUUAACUGCCCACCUCACCAACCAGUGGCCUUCCCCAGGAGCUCUGGAUGUCAAUGCUGUUGCCUUGGAUACGUUGCUUUACCGAAAACACAAUAAACAGUGGUAUGAAAAAAGUUGUCAAAGUCUUGACCAGUUAUCAGCUGAAGUUAGCCUUUCUCAGACUUCACUGGAUCCAGGUCAGUCACAAGGAGAUGGAAAACAAGACACAUUAAAUUUAAUCAGUGAAGGUAAAGAAGAUACUCCCUCAUUACUUGGUCUCUGUGGGUCUCUGACAUCAGUGGCAAGUUACAAAUCUCUAACAAGCCUAAAAUCUAAUGACUACCUUGCAAGUCCUACAACAGAGAUGACAAGUCCAGGUCUAACUCCAUCCUGA